CACGAAUCUUCCAAGGAUGCCGUCAUCUGCUCUCCAUGCGAUUACUGAGACUUCUUUCGUGGUUACUCGCAUUCGCUCUCUUCUACGAAAUGGCGGAUGCCACAGCGGAGCCUGAGUACCACCUAUUUCCCGUCUUCUGCACGGCAGAGAUCCCUGUCGAGAUGAUAAACGAGUUUCUGAGUGCCGAUCCUAUGCAAGAAGCGCCACUGUGGACGCUUGUCAGGUCGCCAGAGCAAGAGUCCUUCGACAUACCCACUUUACCCCCAAUAGAAGCCUUCACUAGUGGCUUUCUCGGCGCAUCGUUUGAAGAUCUAGUCAGCUAUGACAAGGCACACUUCCUUCCGGGAUAUGACGCGCAGAUAGAUGUCAAUUGCUUCGUGGUGAUGGACGCUCGAACCCUAAAGGACCAAACGGUGGCGUUCCACGUCUUAGAAUACUGGCCACGGCGCUACGAGGAAGAAGAUCCGGAUGCGUAUGAAGGGUCAGACGGAGAUGAUGAGGUAGAGGGAUGGAAGUCUGUCCGUUUUCGUAUCAGAUCCGCUAGUGCUCUCAUAUACUGGGUCAGCGAAUAUGGCCUAUGGAUUCUCGAGCAGGACGAGACUCUGGUCCCCGAAAAUGGGAUAAUGAAGGACUCCGAUAUGUUCAAAGAUGAAGAGCAACUGAGAGAGGUCUAGGGCACAUUGUGUGUAGUAGUCACGGUUUUGUUGCACAGGAAGUCUGAGAUCUGGCAUGUUUGGUGGAGUGACAGUAGGUGUUACUGAGUCACAUAACUAGUAAGUAGUCCAUGUUCGCAUGUUCUUCUUUUCGGCACUUUCCCAACACAUACUACGGCACCCUUUCUUCACAAGGCAUAGUCGUCAUAUACCUAUCCAUGAAAUGUGCUGCCUUCGAAUUGAAUGCCAUUCGCACCCGCGUCUUCCAACUCCGAAACGACUCCACCUCUGGUAUCCUGGUUACCUUUGCCGUAGCAGUCGCUGUCUGCAUGCCAGAGCCUGUCCAAGGCACUAUUGCAUAUAUCGACGUCGAAUGACC